AUGCAACCAAUCGAAGAGCAAGCAACUGUCUAUGCAUUUAUUGCUCAGGUUGAUGAUCGAGAAAUUGUAGCUGAAUUGAAAGAGAAAAAAGAAGCACAACAAGAAUAUAACGAUGCUCUUCAACAAGGUCAUGGCGCCUAUUUACUCGAACAAAAUGAAAAAUCGCACGACAAUUUUAUUAUUAAUGUGGGUGUAUUACCACCGGGCAAAGAAUGUCAUAUUUCAAUCUCGUACUUCUCUGAGCUAGAUCUCGUAGAAAAUGGUCGCAAAGUUCGCUUUGUUGUUCCGACUACCACUGUUCCUCGUUAUGAUUGA